AUGUUACCCAUCCCCCUGUACCCAUCCACCUGUACCCAUCCACCUGUACCCAUCCACCUGUACCUAUCUGUACCCAUCCCCCUGUACCCAUCCACCUGUACCCAUCCACCUGUACCUAUCUGUACCCAUCCCCCUGUACCCAUCCACCUGUACCCAUCCCCCUGUACCCAUCCACCUGUACCCAUCCACCUGUACCCAUCCACCUGUACCUAUCUGUACCCAUCCCCCUGUACCCAUCCACCUGUACCCAUCCACCUGUACCCAUCCACCUGUACCUAUCUGUACCCAUCCCCCUGUACCAAUCCACCUGUACCCAUCCACCUGUACCUAUCUGUACCCAUCCACCUGUACCCAUCCACCUGUACCCAUCCACCUGUACCCAUCUACCUGUACCCAUCCCUCUGUACCUAUCUGUACCCAUCCCUCUGUACCCAUCUGUACCCAUCCCCCUGUACCCAUCCCCUGUACCCAUCCCCUGUACCCAUCCACCUGUACCCAUCCACCUGUACCCAUCCACCUGCACCCAUCCACCUGCACCCAUCCACCUGUACCCAUCCACCUGUACCUUUCUGUACCCAUCCCCCUGUACCCAUCCACCUGUACCCAUCCGCCUGUACCCAUCCACCUGUACCCAUCCCCCUGUACCCAUCCCCCUGUACCCAUCCCCCCUGUAUCCACCCCCCCUGUACUGAUCCCCCUGUCCCUGUAACCAUCCCCUGUAACCACCCCCUGUAA